AUGGAGGUUUCUCGGUCAAAGAAAGGUAUAUUCAUUUCACAAAGAAAAUAUGCUUUGGAAAUUCUAAAAGAUGGAGGAUAUUUGGGAGCUAAGCCUGUGAAUUUUCCCAUGGAGCAAAAUGUAAAAUUGUCAGAUGAAGGAGAAUUGUUGAAAGAUCCAUCCCCAUAUAGGCGACUUGUAGGAUGCCUAAUUUAUUUGACUGUUAUUCGUCCGGAUAUCACCUACUCAGUGCACAUAUUGAGUAGAUUCAUGCAUGCUCCUCGCAAACCUCAUAUGGAAGCUGCCAUGCGAAUAUUGCAGUAUCUAAAGAACAAUCCAGGUCAAGGUUUAUUUUUCUCUUCCCAAAAUGAUUUAUCUUUAUGUGCUUUUUGUGAUUCGGAUUGGGGAGGUUGUCCAAUAUCUAGAAAAUCUACUACAAGGUUCAUUGUUGAAGGAUUUGGGGAUAUUGCACUCAACGACAACACUGUUGUAUUGUGA